AUGAUGCCCCUAUCACAAAGCGGGCCUGUCUAUCGAGGCACUGCACGUAUUAAGCUUGCCUCCCUGUGUUGCAAUUGGAAUGACUCAGAACAGGAUGAAAAGAAAGAAAAGAUACGAAAGCUAUCCAAGAUCUUAGAAGUGCUCCCGGAUUAUGCAAGGUCACGAUACCACGUUUCCGCAGUUAUUGAUGAUGAUUUGCUAGAGACUGCUAUCGAGAUUUCGAGGACAAGCCAUGCGGCAUUGUUAAGCUCUCAUGACCGACUGGUGGAACUAGAUAUACCACUGUCAAAAACGAUAGAGUGUGUUGCCGGAAGAUCGAUAUUAGAGGCAGCCAAGGAAACAAACAAGGAGUGGUGGGUAGUAAAGCUGUAUUCACGGAAAGGAAUGAAUGAGAGCAGUGUGCAAAGAUUGAGAGCUGAAAAUAACAACAGCCCUAGAGACUCGUUGGGCUGGAUAUUUCGACAGAUACUUAUUUCUAAGUCGCAGAAAGACCAGACGUUGGAAGAGCAUUGGAAAUCUGUGCUUUCGAAGCACGAAAGACGAUGCCUCACCUAUGUUACCUCUGGAAAACUGAGGAAUGAAUUCCAGGCACUCCUAGUAAUUCCUGGCUUGUGGCAUCAGACGCCGUUUGGUAAUAUGCACAAGAUAAUGGCCAUGAAGUGCGUUGAGGUGGUCCGACUAACCUCGACCGCGCAGGAAUCUUCGCACUACCUUGAUCAGAUACUAAGAAUUUUCACAGGUUUCGUCCGAGGACAGCUGCAGCUGCUCAGAAAUAUCGACAGAUAUACCGUCGCAGCAUUAGAAGGCAAAUGCCCUGGCUUGUCCAAGCAUGACCGGCGCCAGCUUGAGUCACCUUUGGAGACUGGGAGGCUGCUGCCUGGAGCCAGCUCUGAACAACGCCAACUCUUUUUUGAUGCAGUAUGCAAUUUCAAGAGACGGAUUCCUUCAUUAAGCACAUUCUUCAAUGAUAUGAGCUACUUGGGAGGGUGUGCGAGAUAUAUAAAGCACCUUGUGAAGGUUGAACGCGAUUCGACUGUGCGACAGUCCCUCCGUUAUAUUUUCCAAGGUGACGAAAACUCAGCCUGCGUCAUACAGAGCACGGAUAAGAAUUUCCACAAACUGCCGGUGUCGACAGUGGAGGAACAGUUUGAUAUCGCACAGAGACAACUCUGGCUCUGUGCGAUGAGGAAAAGCCUGGCGUCGCCGGUUGUGCCAAAGAGCCAGCAGGCACUCCUUGCCAAGAGUAAACGGCCUAGCGAAGACCGUAUAACAUUGACACAGCUUGCGUUGGUUGCUCAGAGCCUUGGCUUCCAUUCUUCCCAGAUUUACCAGCUUGCG